UGUGAGUGCGUGGAGGGACUCACACACACUCAGAUCCACGCGUUCAGCCUGGAAACACACCAAGCUGCAAACCUGAGCCCACAGCCCUCCUUCAUCAGAGGAGCCACCAACACCUGGAGCAGAAACUUUUCUCCUCCUGUCACUGCGCAGGAAACUUUCACCCAUGCGGGACAUGCGGGGGCUCGGGGCUUUGUUGGCCGCCUUUGCGGUCCUCUUGGCCGGGUCGAGGAGCUCCGAGGCCGGAGUGAGGAGGCAGAGCGAGGCGGUGAACGGUUCCACCACCUGCCCUGACCGCUGCCGCUGCGAGGGGGACGGGCUGCUGCACCGGGCGGACUGCUCGGACCUGGGGCUGCGGGAGAUACCGAGCAACCUGAGCGUGUUCACCUCCUACCUAGAUCUCAGCAUGAAUAACCUGACUGUGGUGUCCAGUGGAGCUCUAUCCAACCUGCACUUCCUGGAGGAGCUACGUUUAGCAGGAAACGAUCUGUCCUUCAUCCCCAAAGGAGCGUUCAACGGCCUCUACAACCUAAAAGUGCUUAUGCUGCAGAACAACCAGCUGACUUCUGUUCCUGCUGAAGCCUUUAACAACCUUCACAACCUUCAGUCACUCCGUCUGGAUGCCAAUCACAUCGUCAACGUCCCACCCGGCUGUUUCUCUGGACUGCGGUCGCUUCGCCACCUCUGGCUGGAUGACAACUCUCUGACCGAAGUCCCGGUCGAGGCUCUGGAAGAGCUGCCGACCCUGCAGGCCAUGACGCUGGCCCUCAACCACAUCGCUCACGUCCCGGACGACGCAUUCAGCAAGUUGGGUCGCCUGGUGGUUCUGCAUCUCAACAACAAUAGGAUCGUUUCCAUGGGCACCAACUGCUUCCACGGACUCCACAGCCUGGAGACGUUGGAUUUAAACUACAACAGCCUGGUUGAGUUUCCUACAGCCAUCCGCUCUCUCAGUCACCUCAAAGAGCUAGGAUUUCAUAGCAACAACAUUCAGUCUAUUCCAGAACAUGCCUUCACUGGGAACCCCUCACUGAUCUCUUUAUUUUUCUACGACAAUCCAAUUCAGUCUGUGGGAGGGUCGGCCUUUCAGAACCUGCCGGAGCUUCGGACACUAUCUCUGAAUGGAGCAGCAGAACUCACAGAGUUUCCAGAUCUGACAGGAACCAAGAGUCUGGAGAGCCUGACCAUCACUGGAGCUCAGAUCACUUCUCUACCCGGCUUCAUGUGUGAGGAGCUUCCAAACCUCCAGCUGCUCGACCUCUCGUAUAACAAGAUCCAGACUCUUCCAAGCUUCUCUGGCUGUGAGAGCCUCCAGAAGAUUGAUCUUCACCAUAACGAGAUAGAGGAGCUGAGGGAGAACACCUUCACCGGGCUGAUGAGCCUUCGCUCACUGGAUUUAUCCUGGAAUCGUUUAUCAUCCGUGGAGCCAAACUCGUUCUUUGCUCUGACUGCUCUCUCCAAACUGGACCUUUCGUCCAAUCAGCUGUCUUCUCUCCCUCUUACUGGUCUGCAGAGUUUAACUCGCAUUCGGCUGGUGGGAAACGAUCAGCUGAUGGAGUUAAUACCCCGAGAAGAUCUGCCACGAGUCAGGGUGAUGGAGCUUCCUUAUGCUUUCCAAUGCUGUGCCUUCAUCUCCUGUGAGAAGAAAGGAGGAGAAGAAGGAGGUGUAUCCUGGGAGAGGGAGGAAGCAGCAGACUCAACUGCAAUAGAUCCUCCUUUCCCUUCCAGCCAAGUGGACCAGGACUGGGACGAUUUUCUCAUGCAGUUUGAAGACGAGCCCAAACCUCAACACUCUGUUCACUGCAGCCCAACUCCAGGACCGUUUCGUCCCUGCCUCCGUCUGCUUGGCAGCUGGAUGAUCAGAGGCGGAGUCUGGCUCAUCGCUGGAAUCUCAUUGGUCAGCAAUGGUCUUGUGGUCCUCUCCGUCUUCUUUUCUCCAGCAAGCAGGGUCACACCCCCCAAGCUCCUGAUUGGCCUGCUGGCUCUGGUGAACGGGCUGAUGGGCGUGUGGGGCGGCUGGCUGGCGGCGGUGGACGCCUGGACGUUCGGCAGCUUCUGGAGGUACGGGGUGGAGUGGGAGAGCAGCUCCCUGUGUCGCCUCAGCGGCUUCCUGUGUGUGUUUGCAUCCCAGACCGGCCUCUUCCUGCUGACGCUGGCGGCCCUGGAGCGAUGCUUGUCUGCCGCAGGUGCAACUCAGAGCAACAGAACCGAAAGCAACAAUGGUCACUCUAUGUCGCCGCUCUUCAUCCGUUUCUCCGUCUGUCUGUGCUUCCUGCUGGGCUUCAUCAUCACCCUGCCUCCGCUGGUGGUGGGUGAGAGUAGCUCCUCCUUCUGUCUGCCCCUCCCUUCGUCCUCCUCGUCCUCCUCCAUGGCCUUUUCAGUCUCCUUGGUGCUCUUCGACUCCCUCUGUUUCCUCGUCAUGACGCUGGCCUACACUCGCCUUUACUGCCGUGCCGGCAAAGCUCCGCCCUCCUCAGACGAAGAGGCGGCGUUGACUCGUCACGUCGCCUGGCUUCUCUUCUCCGACUGCCUCCUUUACCUCCCAGUCGCCUUCCUCUCCUUCUCCUCCCUCCUGCGGCUCCCCGCCGCCGGGCCAGAGGCGGCAAAAGGAGUCCUGCUGCUCGUGGCGCCGCUCCCGGCCUGCAUAAACCCCCUCCUCUACCUCCUCUUCAACCCGCUCGCCAGAGGGGAGUUGGCAGCACUGGCGACACGCGCCUGCGUGGGUGCAGUGGCGUCUAAAUUACAAAGAAGGGGAGCUUCUGGAGGACGACCGCUGGAUUCAACAUACGACGAGGACGCAGAGAAGCAGUCAUGUGACUCUACGCAGGCGCUGGUGGUCGUUGAAGGUGUUAAAGAGGAAGAGGAGCAGCAGAGCAAAAUGCAGCAGUUGCUGUCAGUCGGCCAACAUUGUUAAAUGGACACAAACUCCCACUUGUAGCAUUUAUUGGUCUCCCCUGACGAAAGCUGGAAUACUCUGUCAGAUUGGACCCGUGUGGGACGUCCAGGUGGAGGGUUAGCUCAGUCAUUAAACACCACAGAGGGUUUAUUCUAUCAGAACAUUGAAAUUCUGUUUCACUAUUAGGGUUUAAAGUGAUUGGACCUAUUUUUAACCUCAUCUGUUCCCCUUUUCAGCCAUUCUGAUGUAGACUCUCAGUCUGUUUGGGGUCACGACUCUGCUUGGUCCAUUGUUUGACAUUUGACCCCAGAGAGGAGGUCCGCUCAGUGAUCAGAGGUUCCUACCAGGUUCUGCAUGGAUAGAUUUCUGGUCCAUUAAUGUUGCAAAGAACACAUUUUGUAAAUGGAAAUGUGAGAAAAGUGCAAUCAAGAAAUGAAACUUCAAAACGUUUCAAUCCAAAACAGGUUUGGAGAGGGAAUUGGCUGUUUUCCCAGAUUUGUUUUCUCUCUAAAAUUAAAUUUGUAAAUUUUAUAUUUACUUAAUGUUUACUUUUUUUUAUUUUUACAGAUUUUUUAAUUUUAUUUUUUAAACUCUACUUUUUCAGAUGUAUUUUUACGUUUUGCUUUCUUUUCAAAUUGCAUCACAUUCUCUUCACUUCAAGCCCAUUCCAGACGCUGGCUCUUGACCAAUGAAAAUGUUGAUAACCUCCAGCAGACCAAUAGAAAUUAAUCUUCUUUACUCACUCCAGAGGAAAUCCCGCCCCUAGAAGUGAAUAGAGUUUGAUCAGGAAAACGUAAUUUGAAAAUAAUGUAAUUCAUGAAACUCAACCUGAAAAAAAUAAAAAUGUUUUCUUUAAAAAAAGAAAUUAAAAUAAUAAAGUAAAUAAAUAAAAUUCACUGCUAGUCAUCUGGCUGCAAAACAAGCCCAGAUCAUCAGUCUUCCUCCACCGUGCCUGAAAGAACAUAAUGCUUGUUUAAGCAUGUGUUGGAGUUUAGCCGCAGUGGAUGGAAAACUGAAUUCUGCUCUCUGCUGUCCUCCAUCAGAGUUGGACUUUAAGUCGACUAAUUUAAAUAUCUUUAAAUCUACAUUAAUAUGAAUUCAACACACUGUGGUAAACGAAUAAAUUGAGGCAGAAGAUGUCUUUCAGUCAUCAAUGCACACAUUUGGCGACACAUUAUAUACAA